GAAUAAAUAGAAAGUCUUCGUCUUCUGCAGUAGGAGAAAAUGAGAAAGUCAACCAUUUGAUUCUCCGACGCGGGAGCCUGAUCCUUUUGACUUCAACUCUCCCUCUUUCUCUCUGCAUCUUCUCCUUUCCGGCUUUCCGCCUUUUCACUUCCCCCCAAAAAAAACCCUCCAUUCCUUCUUUCCUCUGUAAUGGCUGCUGCGUCUGCUUCCUCUUCUUCCGCCCGGUACAGGUACCACGUGUUCCUGAGUUUCAGAGGCGGGGACACCCGAAGGAACUUCACCGACCACCUCUACGCAGCUCUGAUGAAGGCCGGAAUCAACACUUUUAGAGACGACGACGCGAUUGAGAGAGGGUCCCACAUCGAAUCCGAAAUCAACACAGCCAUUCAAGAGUCGAGAAGCUCCAUCGUCGUGCUCUCCAGAGACUACGCCUCUUCCAGAUGGUGCCUCGACGAGCUCCGUCUCAUCAUGAAACUGAGGAGAACUGCGGGCCACAUUGUGCUGCCCGUUUUCUACGAUGUCGACAAGCGCCAAGUCCAGAAUCAGAGUGGUAGCUACGGUGACGCGUUUGCCCGCCAUUUGGUUGAAUUUGGCCAGAAUGAGAUGGAUAUGGUUGAGGAAUGGAAGGCUGCCCUUACUGAAGCUGCUGGCAUUGGAGAUUUGGUUCUCAGAGAUGGCUAUGAGUCUGAGUUUAUUCAAAGUAUAGUGACAGCGAUUGCCAGGAAACUGAAUCGAACAGUGCUGUCUGUGGAUCCCUAUUUAGUGGGGAUAGAUGAUCGUACAGCUAAUAUCAACUCAUGGCUCCAAGAUGGGUCAAACGAUGUUGGCAUAGCGACAAUCUAUGGCGUUGGUGGGAUUGGGAAGACAACCAUAGCGAAAACGGUAUACAACCAGAACUAUGAAAAAUUUGAAGCCACCAGCUUCCUUGCUGGUGUGAGAGAAGCUUCCGAGGAGCCACAUGGUUUGGUCCGCCUGCAGAAGCAGCUGGUUUCCGAUCUCUUGAAGACGAAAAGCAAGAUUUACAGCGUCGAUGAAGGUACAUUGAAGAUCAGAAAUGCCAUCUCUCGCAAGAGGGUUCUACUUGUUCUUGAUGAUGUGGACCGAAUGGACCAGUUCCAUGCAAUCAUUGGAAUGAGAGAGUGGCUUUACCCGGGGAGUAAAGUGGUUAUAACAACUAGAUAUGAGAGUUUACUGAAGGCUCGUGAAGUGAAUCGCAUCUUUACAGUGAACGAGCUGGAUGUAGAAGAAUCGCUUAUGCUGUUCAGUUGGCAUGCAUUUGAGCAAGAUCAGCCUGCUGAAGCCUUUGUGGAGGUCUCUAGAAGUGCUGUGGAGUUUUGCACCGGGCUGCCUCUAGCUCUUCAAGUUCUGGGCUCAUCUUUGUCGGGUAAAAGUUUGGAUAUAUGGGAGGUUGAGCUACAGAAAGUUAAAGCAGUACCGGACAGUAAAAUCCAGUAUAUUCUCAAAGUAAGCUACGAUACUCUUGAUGAUGAUCAUGAUAAGAAUGUGUUUCUUGAUGUUGCCUGCUUCUUUACUGGAAAGGACAAAGAUUAUGUAGUCUCUGUGCUAGAUGGAUGUGGCUUCUACUCAGUUGUUGCGAUUCACAAUCUUAUGAUUAGGUGUCUUGUGAAAGUUGACGAGGAAAAUAAGUUGCUGAUGCAUCAAAUGCUGAGAGACAUGGGGAGAGAGAUUGUUCGUCAAGAAUCACCUGAGGAUCCAGGGAAGCGUAGUAGAUUGUGGCGUCACAAAGAUGCAUUUACUGUACUGACUGAGGAUCAGGGCACUGAAAGUGUCAAGGGUCUCAACUUGAACUUGCUGAUGUUAAGGGAUCCCAAUCUUGGUGCUGGCACCAUUGUCCCUUACCAAGGAAACUAUCCAAAGCAUGGCAAAGUUGGCUUCUUUCCUUGGUAUGCAAAUGGGUCUGGAAGUUCAGUAAUCCUCAAGCCAAGGGCCUUUGCUAAGAUGGGAAAACUGAAGUUGCUCCAACUCAAUUACGUGAAAGUUGGUCGGGAUUAUGGCAACUUCCCGAAAAGCUUGGUAUGGUUAUUUUGGCGUGGAUUGUCCUUGAAAUAUCUGCCAGAAGACUUUCACUUGGAGAAGCUUGUUGUUCUUGAUAUCCGUAACAGCAGGCUGGUAAAUCUUUGGAAAGGGACCCGGUUCCUUGUAAAACUGAAAGUGCUCAACCUCAGUCAUAACCCUGGUCUUGUUAGGACUCCUGACUUCCGAGGACUUCCUUCUCUAGAGACAUUGAAGCUGAAAGAUUGUGUGAAAUUGGUGGAAAUUGAUGAAUCCAUUGGAACCCUUCAGAAGCUCAUUUCUCUAAGUCUAAAGCAAUGCACAAACUUAAUGAAGUUGCCAAAACAGAUCAGUUCACUGAAAUCCCUCAAGAAACUCAAUGUAUCAGGCUGCUCAAAACUUCAUCAAUUACCAAAUGAGUUGAGGGAAAUGGAAUCACUGAGGGUCUUUUAUGCUGAUGGAAUGGGUAUAAAUAAUGAGCUAUCUGAUUCAAAAGAAUCUUGGUACUCAGCCUUGGUGUCUCGGAUAUUGCCUCGAAAGAAUCCACAUUCAAUCAGCUUUUCACUUGCAGUUCUGCCUUCCUAUUUGCUGGAGUUGAGUCUAGCAGAUUGCAACUUGUCUGAUGGGUCUCUUCCUGGAGAUCUCAGCUGCCUCUCUGUGCUGCAAAAUUUAGACCUCAGAGGAAACCCCAUUAGCUCACUUCCUGGAAGCAUUGACAAGCUGACUAAGCUCGAGUCCCUCACCUUAGACAGAUGCACAGGUCUCCAGUCACUACCGAAACUUCCACCGAGCUUGGAGGAAUUGAAAGCUGAAGGCUGUACAUCACUGCAAAAGAUCGCCAAUCUACCAAACUUGCUCAUAAAUCUGCAAGUGGAACUUUUUGGUUGUAGCGAGCUAGCUGAAGUGGAAGGCUUGUUCAAGUUGGAGCCAAUCGCAGAUGUCGACAGUGAAACACUGCACGAACUUGGCUUAUUCGAUUUCGAACCACUCCAAAGCAUUGAAAUUACCAUGUUCAAUUCCAUUGCAAACAGAGAAAGGCAGACUUCUCCUCAGGUACUGCGGGAAUGUGGCAUAUCCAGCACUUUCCUUCCAGCUAGUCAGCUUCCUGACUGGUUGAGCGAUACAACCAUGGGGUCUUCACUCUCCAUACAAGUGACUCCCCCUCCUAGCUCCACUCACGAGAUGCGCGGCCUAACUUUAUGCGUUGUAUAUGCUCGCGACGAUGAGGUAUUCUGGCUGCACGCAGCUGGACAUUACGCCAACGUCCAUAACGAGACAACGGAUAUAAACUGGUCAUAUAGCCCAACCUUCUACGGGAUCCCAGACGAGGAUGGUGAUGAAGAAAUGGUUUGGCUGAGCCACUGGAAGUUUGGAGACGAGCUGGAAGUAGGGAACAAGCUGAACAUUUCAGCUCGGAUGCCUGCUGGAUAUUGCGUGAAACAGUGUGGUGUUCGUGUAGUUUACAGCGACGUGGAAGAAGCCACAGAAGGUCAAUCAAAUCGGUCUGUCUGGGGAAGUAAUAAGAUCACUGACAGAGACUUGUAUGCGUAUCAGGUGGGAAGGUCUGUUUACUUCCUUCACCAUCAUCCUUAUACGACGCCAGCUGAUAUAUUGAAGUUGGCCAGUUUGUGACCUUCCUUCCUCCAAACUGCUCUGCAGCAAAGGAAUCCGAAGGUGCAUGCGUCGAACUCGUUGUUUUCUGUCGUACUUUCUCAAACAAAAGCAGUUGUAAUAUAUUAGUUUCUUACUGCCAUGAAGUGCGGGCAAAAAAGUAGUUGUCACUUGUCAAGUUAUGUCGUAAAUUCAUUGUAUCUACUCCAAAUCAUCACUUCUAAGUUCUUUCUUAAUCUUAUUUUUUAUUCUAAGAUAUGACAACAUAGUACAACAAAAAAAUGACUACCCAAGAAACCCUCUCCAAUCUGAGAGCAACUCUAAAUUAGAUAAGAGGAAGGGCUUUUCAUCAUAAUAUGAGCAACUCAAUUGACGAUCUUAGGAGCGCACAAAACUUCAAGCCUAUGUUUAGAGAAGCUAUAAUCUAUAGGCGAACUCUGAGAAUCAAGCCUAUGUUUAGAGAAGCUAUCAUCUAUAGGCGAUCUAUGAGAAUCGAUACUCGAAUCGCAUCGAAUUUGUCCCUCUAAGAAGAUGGCAAAUAGCGACUUCCGGAUCCCUCUUUGAUCAUAACUCCACGGAUGUCGAUGCUACGAAUCAAGAGCCUAUCGCCUCUGAGCGACUAGCAGUUAGGCCAGGUCCAGGUUGAUAAUUCCAGGAAGCUGAAGACCAAAUCAGAUUGUAGAAGAUCAUCUGUGAACUUCACCAUCAAAUCUGUAGCACAACCUCGAUGAGAAUAGACAUCAGCGUCGAAGACAUAACUAAGGUGACUUUGGUGACUCGUUAGAGUAACGAAUUAGAAUACUCCACCAAUACAGAUCCAACACUAAGGGCCAAAUUCUCAUCAGAAGAGGCAAUCAUUAUUUGUGGCCCUAAAAGGUCCAGCGUCCCCCAACUUGGAGUCUUUUCAAUAAUGGUAACCACUUAGUAUUUUACAUCAUUAGAAUAGUAGAAUACAGACCAUCUAGUCCAACAACAAACUCAUUCAAUCAUGAUUCUUAAUAUGCGUCACCAUGAGAGGUUCAAAGUUGAAACAAAUUUGAUGAGCUAUUCAUGGAAAUGGCAGAUCUAUUCACUCUAUUAAUAAUCGAGCUGGAUCUGGUGUAUUAUAAGGGAUUUGCUUUUUUUAUUGUAUCUGUUAAUUAAAUCUACUGACACUUGUUUUAUAUGUUGUAACUGUCUUCGUUCAUCCUUGGAAACCUAUUCAAUUGUAUUUUACUAACUACUAUGUGUUUGUGUCCUUCUGAUGACAGGUCGGCUAAUCGAAGAUAUUUGUUUGGUCAGGCAUUUUCCAUCGCUGAACACUUCAAGAGUUCUUGGAAAAGUUUGGGCAAAGGAACAAUAAAGAAGGAAGACGGAGAGAGUGAAAGUAAGGAGAAAUUAUAGUCAACGUAUGAAAUUCAUUUUUAUGAUAAGAGAACUCUUAAUCAUACAAGUUGAAGAGUGGGUACAUGGGUCAGGUGCUUGACAUUAACAAACCAUUAAUACUAUGAUUUGGCCCUUAUUAUUCCUCUGUAAGUGCAAAUCUUAUUCAUUUUGUGUAUUAAUUGUCUAGUUAAAUGAUAUAUGAUUUUCAUAUCGUCUAAUCAGAGUUGUCAAACCAUCUUUGUAAUGUACAACAUCUGAGAUUUUUGUAAAAUCUUUCAUUUUGUUGUUAGAAUUUGUUAUUUUUGAAUAUUUAGCGAAGUAUUUGUUCAACUUUUUAUUAGUGUGGUGUGAUGCAAAUAACCAUAUUAUUAACAUGCAUGUGCUGUAGUACGAUCAAAAGAUUUAAAAUUUGAGUACGCAGGAAAACAAUGAAGUGGAACAACAAAGCUGAAAAAUGUGCUCCUAAAAGUACAAGACAAAAGUGAUCUCCAGACUCCAAGCCUGAUUAUGCCACUAAUUAUUACGGCUCCUUUCACUACUACCACUAAUCGCCUAACACGUGUACGGCGAUCCCGAGAUCCUGCGAAAUAAUAUUCUCCAACAACAAUGAAUAGAGAACAAAACU